AGCGUAUUACUUAGUUUAACGUGAUAAGCGGAAAGUUUCAAAUACAAUGUUGCCAAGAAAAGCGAUUAUUGGAAUUCUAAUAGGAUUUAUCCUUGUAUAUUUCGUUCAAGCGGAAGGUUUAUCAUGUUGGCAGUGCAUAGAUAAUGAAUGUGAAGAGAGUCAGACUAGGCAAUGUACUAACAAUAAAACCGAUAAUCAAUGUUUCAUUCUUUUCGAUGAUCGCGCAUCCAUUAUUGACAUGGGCUGUGUUGGUGAUCAAGAUGAUGACUUUGUUUUCAAUAAUAUUUACAACUUGUUCUUAUGUAACAGUGAUAAUUGUAACGCCUUUGAAAAUAUUCCACAUUCAACAUAUUGCUCCCUAUGUGAUUCCAACUAUGAUUUGGAUUGCGCUUCCAGUCCUAACGAUGUGGAUAAUGGUAAAACAUGCGGCCCCCCGCCGCUUACGCAAUGCUUUGCAAAAGUGAACGAAGAUGGAUCGACUCAACGUGGUUGUGUCAGUGACUUGAACAAAACCGAUUUAUUCUCCUGUCUAAACAACAAUACAACUCUAUGCAUGACUUGCAACGAAAAUAAGUGCAACACGAAAAUAUUUCCCGAAAACCGCCUCAGUUGCCACCGUUGCAACUCUACUGCUGACCCGAAUUGCGAGAGUUCACCAAAAUUAAGUUCAAUUUGUCCUAGAUAUUCUGAGACGGAAUCUUGUAUAACAAAGUUAGUCGAUGAUAUCACGUAUCGUGACUGCAGCCCAGAAUUGGCAUGUGAUAGUACUGAUAAGCAGACAUGCCGAUCGUGCAACACCAAUGACUGUAAUGUUGUGAAUUUAUUUAAUAGUUAUAUCGGAUAUCCAGGCAAAUGGCAAGAGGUACCUAUUAGUUGUUUCAGUUGUUUGGGUAGAAACUGUCGCGAAACAAAUCCCGAUCAGCUUAGGCAAUGCGAGCUAAACGAUCACCAAAAUUGCGUUACUGUAUUCGAAAAAGACGGAACAAUAGUGCAGCGGGGAUGUUCUGAUGAAAUUUACGCUGAAAAGUAUUCCAAAUAUUGCGAUGAAAAUUUUCAAUUUUGCAAAUUUUGUAAAUCGAAUGCUUGCAAUGCGGCUACUGAUCUCAAAGCUUAUGUUGAUUGUUUGUUUUGCGAUGGUUUCAAUGAUAAAAGUUGCGUAUCCGGCGUUGACGCUAUUAAACGGACUCGUUCUUGUCACGAAGCGUGCAUGACCAUAUUAUAUCCACGUGUCGACGAAGAAGAUCCCGGUUACGAAUUAACUAGAACAUGCCUUGAUGAUUUAGAGCGUGAUGCUCAAACUGUCUGCGUUGGUGGCGAUAAUACUUUUUGUAAGGCUUGUCAAAAUUCCACUUGUAAUUCAGUUGAUAUUCCCGAUUCGCCACGUUUAACCUGCAAUACAUGCCAGAACGCUGAAUGCAACAAUAUAACAAGUGCUCAAUGUACAGCGUUUCGAGAAAAUGACAAAUGUUUCAUCCUCUUCAGCAAUGGCAAUCCAAACGGUAUGGGUUGUAUGAGUGACUUGGAUUCGUCUUUUAUAAAGGCCAAUAGACGCCAGCUAUUAUUUUGUGAUGGCGAUGAUUGCAAUAGUCUUGAUGACAUACCACAAACCGGUUACUGCGUGGAAUGUAAUUCAACUAAUGAUCCUAGUUGUGUUUCAGACUCCUCAAAGGACUCAAGAGAAUGUGAAGAUUUACCCCAUACCCAAUGUUAUAUGCGUAUUGAUAAAGACGGUUCUACACAUCGCGGUUGUGUCUCCGAUCUAAGUAAUGAUCUCUUUGAGGAGUGUAUUGAUAGUACCGGACAAUGUCAAGUUUGUGAUUCUAAUAUUUGCAAUAAUGAGGUAUACCCUAAGGAUCGUCGCAGUUGCAUACGUUGCGAUUCUUUAAGUGACUCUGCUUGUGAGGACGAUCCCUCACCAUUCGCCAGCAUUUGCUUAAUUUAUGAAGAAGACGAUAAUUGCGUUACUAAACUAAACGGUACCCAAACUUUACGCGAUUGCACAUCAGCCCUUAGUUGUGACGUAGCCGAUCGAGAAAAAUGUCGAAUAUGUGCUGGUACAAAUGAUUGUAAUGGCGUGAAUCUUUUAGCCAACGCUGUUGGUUUGCCGGGAAAAUGGCAACCUUUGCCUUUAAAAUGUUACGUUUGCGAAGGGAAAUCUUGCGAGGAUAUUAAAACUUCACGUAUUGAGGAGUGUGAAGGAAAUAUUUUCCAAACAUGUAUGACAGUUUUCGCUUUGGAUCACGACGUCGUACAACGGGGCUGUAGUGACGAUGUGGCUAUAACUCAAGAGAACUAUUGCGAUCAACAUCCAGACCUAUGCUUAGCUUGCAAAUCAAACGAAUGCAAUGAUGCUGAACGAUUAGAAGACUUUGUGGAUUGCUAUUUUUGCGAUUCGACGGAGGCUGAUGCUUGUGUUAUUAGCCCCAUACAGUCUCGUGGCAGAACGCGUAAAUGUUACAAGGAUUGCAUGGUCGCUUUAUAUCCGCGAGAUAAUAGCAGCGAUGUAGCGUUUGAAUUAACGCGUACUUGCUUGAAUGAUUUAGACUUGAAAGAACGUGAAAGUUGCACAAAAGGUGAAAAUAAUUAUUGCAUUUCUUGUUCGGAUCAAUUAUGCAACGCUAUGAUUUUUCCUGACGAUCGUCAGGAAUGUUAUCAGUGCUUAAAAGAUAGUUGCGAAGAAUACACGACUGAGUUGUGUACUACGUAUCAUCCACAAGAUCAGUGCUACGUUUUAUUUGAAAACGAAGACAUGUCACAAAUGGGUUGCCGUAGUGAGUUUGAUAACGAUACCGUCCUUGAUUUAAUCAAACAGAAGAAGAUGUUGUUAUGUAAUGGCAAAAAUUGCAACAACCCGGAAGCGCUACCGACACCGAAAAUGUGCUCCACUUGCAGUUCCGAAAGCGAUGUGUUGUGUGCAACUAAUCCGAAUUUGGUCACAAGCACAAAUUCUUGCUCCGCAUUACCUUAUACUGAUUGUUAUACGCGUAUCAACGCUAACAAUGGUCAUACGGAGCGUGGGUGCCUGGCUGCAUUGGACAAUGACAUAUUUUACGAUUGUUUAAUGGCAGGGGAAAAUGAACUAUGUCAGACCUGUGUUGGCGACAAAUGUAAUUCAAUUGAUGUCUUUCCAAUUGAUCGUAGAAAAUGUCAUCAAUGUGACUCAUCCAUUGAUCCACUCUGCGCCGCUUCUCCCAAUGCCAAUAAAGUGUGUCCAAUUUAUAAAGAAAACGAUUCUUGUGUAACGAAUCUGGCUAAUGGCACAACUAGUCGCGGCUGUGCCUCGAGCAUGAAGUGUGACGAUGAAAAUGACAACACCACAUGCCGUAAAUGCGACUUUGAUGGUUGCAACACCAUUAAUCUCGAAUAUGUCGUUGAUGAAGGAAAACCAGGAAAAUGGCAGGAUCUUCCUCUAACUUGUUACACUUGCGAGAACGAAAGUCAAUGUCAGAACCUUGGUUCUUUUAGAGUAUGUGAGGGCAAUCCAACUCAAAAUUGUAUGACAAUCUUUAACGCUAAAGGACAAGUUAAAGCACGUGGUUGCAGUGAUGCUGUUGAACUCGCCAAUAAAGACUAUUGCGAAGCUAAACCGGAAAACUGCUUAAAAUGCAACUCAAAUGGCUGUAAUUUGGCUACAAGUUUGGAGGACUACGUUGAAUGUUUAUACUGCGAUUCAGAAUCUUUGGAAGAAUGUGUCAACAAUAUAAACUCCACUGUUAAUCAGAUCCGAAAAUGUUAUAAGCAUUGCAUGACUGCUUUGUAUGCUCGUGACAAAGAAGAAAAUCCCGCUUACGGUCUGCUUAGAUCAUGUUAUGAUGACAUGGACCUUGAUGACCGCGAAGAUUGCGCGUCUGGCGCUAACGAAUUUUGCAAAGCAUGUGAUACCGAAAAGUGCAAUGUAGUCAAUAUUCCUGAAAAACGUCAUAGCUGCAAUAUCUGUGAAGACGAUACAUGCAAAAAUCUUAAGACUCAAGAGUGUGUAGCUUAUCACCCCGAGGAUCAAUGUUACCUACUAUUUAAUGAAACUCACUCUGUCAUUGAAAUGGGUUGUCGCAGCAAAUUUAACAAUGCAGAAUUGAAUGGUUUAAUCAAACAGAAACGCAUUUACUUAUGCGACGGAGAUAAUUGCAACACCCACGCCAUUAUACCACAAGUUCAAACGUGUGCUUUGUGCAAUUCACGGACUGAUAUAAAGUGUGCAACAAAUCCUGAAAAAUUGGAACAUUCCACAGUAUGCGCUUCUCUGCCGUACCCCGAGUGCUACUCGCGCGUAUUGCCGGACGGUUGGACUGAAAGAGGUUGCUUAUCUAAUUUACAAGAUGACGAUUUUCUAAACUGCUUAAAUACGACUUCACCGAGUUGCUCAAGUUGUCGCGGCGACCUUUGCAAUCGAAAAAUAUACCCUUCCGAUCGGCUUUCAUGUCACAUAUGUGAUUCGAACACUAACGGGGAUUGUGAAACUUCGCCAAAUAGUCUGAGCAUAUGCCCUAAAUAUGAUCCAGAAGAUGCUUGUGUUACUAGCUUCCACGAAAAUACUACUUAUCGCGGUUGUAAAUCUCAUGUGGCAUGCGAUAUUUUUAAUCCGAGAAAGUGUGUCGUUUGUGAAGGCAGUGGCUGUAAUACUGUUAACUUGGCCAAAAAACAAGAUGAUAAUUUUGGAAAAUGGCAGAAUUUACCUUUGACUUGCUUCACUUGCAACCAAAGUGAUUGCGCUUCGCUAGAGACAACCCAAAAACUAGAGUGUGAACUAAAUGAUGAACAAGACUGUAUGACUGUAUUUGAUCAAAGCGGUGUAGUGAUAAGUCGCGGGUGUUCCAAUUUAGUGGAAAAGUUUUACGGAGACUUUUGCGAAGCAAACGAAGACAAUUGUUACGCGUGUAAGUCGAACGAAUGUAAUACAGCUCUUGCUAAAUCAGAGUUUGUCGAUUGUAUUUACUGUACGUCUUAUAAGAAUUCCGAAUGCUUAUGGAAUCCGCAAAAUAGCAUCCAUAGAACUCGUCAAUGCCAAGGUGGAUGCAUGACCGCUUUGUGGCCGAUGGACUCCGGGGAGUCCAGUUUUGAUUUAAUACGCACAUGUUUGAACGACAAAGAAGUUAAAGAUCAAACCACCUGUUCGAACGGUGAAGACGCUAAUUGCCGAGCCUGCCUAUAUGAUCGUUGUAAUGUUGACGAGCUACCGGAGGAACGUCACUCCUGCUAUACAUGUGAAGAAGAUUGCGAAAAUCCAAUCCCAAAACGCUGUCCCUUGGUCGGGGAAAACGAUUCUUGUUUUACUGAGUUUAAUGAAAUCAAUGAAAUUAGUCAAAUGGGUUGCCUUAGUUCAUUGCAUAAUCAAGAAUUGGAAGAUAUCAUUAAAACUAGAAGGGUUUUAAUAUGUUCAGGCGAUGAUUGUAAUUCUCUUGAAAGCGUUCCAGCAGCUCAAAGUUGUGCAAUUUGCAAGUCAUCCGAUGAUGAGGCUUGCGCUGUGAAACCGCAAGACAUUGGAACAUUCACUGACUGCAAAAGCUUACCUUAUACUAAUUGUUACAGUAAAUUAAAUGAAGAUGGAGUAACCGAGAGGGGGUGUUUGUUUACCUUGCCAGAGGAUGACUUUGUGUCUUGUGUGUUAAAUACAAAUGAAAAUUGUGAAAUUUGUACUGGAGACAAUUGCAACCGGGAGAUUUUCCCUCCAGACCGAUUAAUGUGUUACGCUUGCUCCUCCGACGAAGACCCUGCUUGUGAAUCCUUUCCGAUGACAGCUAGGCCGUGUCCAAUCGUUAAUGAAACCGAGUCAUGUGUAACGGCUUUAAGUAAUAAUAUCACCGUUCGUGACUGCAAGUCGUACGUCUAUUGUGAUUCUACCGACCCUAAAACUUGCCGCUCGUGUUUCGCCACCAAAUGUAAUUCCAUUGAUUUAUUCAAUAAAAUUGAUGAUGGCCUUCAUGGCGUUUGGCAAGAACUACCUUUGCGUUGUCAUACCUGCGAAGGCGAUGAGUGCUUACACUCAUUAGGACCCGCGUAUAACUGUUCCGUGAGGAAUAUUCACCAAGAUUGCAUGACAGUUUUCGAUCUUUUGGGCAACGUCCAGCGUCGUGGCUGCUCUGAUGAUGUAGAGGACUAUGAAGAUUUAUUUUGUCGCCUGAAUCCUGAUCUAUGUUUUAAAUGCAAAUCUAACGAAUGCAAUAUGGUUUGGAGCACUGACGCAUAUGUAAAAUGCGUUUUCUGUAACUCAGAAACUGAUGCUUCAUGCACAAUGAACCCAGAAAGUACUGAGUUUGAAAGCAGAAAAUGUCACAAAGAAUGUAUGGUUGUCAUGAACGAUAAUCAAAUUAUUCGUUCUUGUUUGGAUGAUAAAGAGAUACUACAUCAACAAGCAUGUCGUCUUAGUGAAAAUAACAAAGACUGCGCUGCAUGCGCGAACGACGGGUGCAACAAUUUUGUAUUCCCAUCCGAUCGCCUCAAAUGUUACAUGUGCGACGAUAGCACACCUUGCCCACUGACUUCUUCGAAAUAUUGUGAGAUUUAUGACGAUAAUGAUUCCUGUUUUGCCAAAUUCAAUGACGGCAAAGUAGACUUGAUGGGUUGUAUUAGCACACUCAACAGCAGCGAUAUAGACGAUUGGACAGAGCAAAAUAUCUUUUAUCAGUGUGAAGGCAGUGAAUGCAAUGAAAUCUCUCGAUUACCAAGUGGUGUGAAAUGUAUUUUUUGCGACUCAAGCAACACGCCUGAUUGCGCUCAACAGCCAAACCUAAUAGAAACAACAAAGGAUUGUAAAGCACCCAAUGACAUAUGCGUUACCCGUAUCUUGGAAGGUCACACGUUAAGAGGCUGCUUUGCUCAACUGAACUCAACAGAGCAAAACUGCGUUAAGACGGGGACAUGUCACAAAUGCAAGGGCGAUAACUGUAAUAAUCAGAUUUUCCCUGACGAUCGUCGCCAAUGUUAUAUUUGCAACUCUACAGAACACGCAAAUUGUGCUGCUGACCCUCUUAAGCCAGAAGUUUGUCCCAUUUAUGAUAGUAACGAUAGCUGCGUGACAUUGCUGAAGGAUAACACCUUGAUUAGAGGUUGUGGUUCUCAGAUCAUUUGUGAUCAAAGUGAUAGCGACAAUUGCGAUAUUUGUCAUACGGACGCUUGCAAUACGGUCGUCCUUAAAGGUUCUGCUGGUGGUUUGGAUAAGCACUUUACCCCUAUAAUCUCAUUUAUCAUCUUUAUGUUUUCAUUUAUGAUUAGUUGCUAUUAAACUUAGACAUUAGGUGGUCUUGAGUUUAAAAAAUUUUUAUAUUCACUUUUACUUGCCAAUAAUAGCUUUAGUAGUAAGACAACAUAUGUACUUCAUAGUCUGAUAUCUGAAGAAGUGAAAAACGUUUUAAGCAUUUUGCUAAUAACUUACCCGAUGGGGAUAAGCCAAAUGCCAGGUAACGUUAAGUUUUGAACCAGACAGUAGCGAAGUAUGUUCUAAUCCUGGAAUUGAGAAAAAAAUUAUUAUAAUUAUUAGUAUUUAUUUACUUAAUCUAAUAAAAUAAAUUCUUAGACUAAUUGGGAAAAAAGAGACGUCGAAAUCUAACGGCCAAGGUUUUUGGUGGAACAAAUUAAAUGGUUGGUCUAGUCAUUUUGAUGUCUUUACAAGCUUGCGUUCUACGAGUACCUUAAUAAUUGGGAAGAUCUUUAAAGCGGUUAUGUCAAUUUGAUGUUGUUUCCUUUUCAAAACAACUUUUCGAAAAAUCGACCCGAUAUUCAUUAGAUUUUAAGUCAUGUUUUUUACUGUUUCAUAUGCAAACACUUUA